CCCACGUCUUCUUUUGUUUUCUUGAAAGAUAAGUCUCAUCUUUAUCAUAUCAUAAGAGGAUGGAGAACAAACCGAGUAUAUUAACCGAUAAAUACGACGUUGGAAGAUUACUAGGUCAAGGUCACUUUGCCAAGGUAUAUUACGGAAGAAGCAUCCACACCAACGAGAGCGUAGCUAUCAAGAUGAUAGACAAGGAAAAAAUCAAGAAACCUGGACACAGCGAGCAGAUCAAGAGAGAGAUCUCCGUGAUGAGCCUCGCCAAACACCCAAACAUCGUCGAACUACUCGAAGUCAUGGCGACAAAAACAAAGAUCUACCUCAUCCUAGAGUACUGCAAAGGCGGGGAGCUUUUCGACAAGAUCACAAAGGGGAAAGUUAGCGAGAAAGUCGCUUGGAAGUACUUUCACCAGCUCGUCAACGCGGUUGACUUUUGUCAUAGCCGGGGAGUGUACCACCGCGACAUUAAGCCGGAGAAUCUCUUGCUUGACGAGGACGAUAACCUCAAGGUUUCUGACUUUGGUUUAAGCGCGCUUGCUGAGUCUAAAGGGGAAGAUGGCUUGCUUCGCACGGCGUGUGGUACAUGUGCUUAUGUUUGUCCUGAGAUUGUUAACCGUGAGGCGUAUGAUGGUGCUAAAGCUGAUGUUUGGGCUUGUGGGGUUGUCUUGUUUGUUCUUUUGGCUGGUUAUCUCCCUUUUUACGACUCUAAUCUGAUGGAUAUGUACGUGAAGAUUGGUAAAGGACAGUUUAAGUGCCCUAGAGGGUUUCCCGUUGAAGCUAAGAGGCUGUUGUGUAAGAUGCUGGAUCCUAACCAUGAGACGAGGAUCACCAUGUCAAGAAUCAAGGAGAGUUCUUGGUUCAGGAAAGGUUUAAAGCACAAGAAGCAACAAGUUAGAGAGGUUAAUCCCAUGGAGGCUGGUGGUUCAGGUCAAAGUGAAAGCCAUGAGCCUCCUCCUCCCAACCUAACAAGCUUGAACGCUUUUGAUAUUAUAUCAUUGUCAUCAGGGUUUGACCUAGGAGGACUAUUCGGAGACGUGCACAAGAAGCAAGAGUCUAAGUUCACGUCUAGAAAGCCUGCUUCGGAGAUUAUUUCUAAGCUGGAGGAGGUGGCUAAGGGGAUGAAGAUGAAGAUAAGGAAGCAAGAGGCAGGGCUGUUUAAACUUGGAGGAGGGAAGGAGGGAAGGAAAGGGAGGUUGUUGAUUGAUGCGGAGAUAUUUCAAGUGGCGGAGACGUUUCACUUGGUUGAAGUAAAGAAAUGUAGUGGGGAUACUGUGGAGUAUCAGAAGCUGGUGGAGGAGGAUCUUAGGCCUGCUCUGGCGGAUAUUGUUUGGGUUUGGCAAGGGGAGAAGGAGGAGGAUGAGCUGGUGUUGCAUGGCUAAUGGUUUUAUUUGCAUGCAUCCGUUUGUAUAGAUAGUUGAUUGUUGUAACAAACUAGGAGCUCUUUAACGAUUUGUUUUGUUUCAUGUGAGCAGUGUUUGUGAGUUUUAUUGAGGUUUUGGUUGAUUACAAUGGGAGGAUGUUAUG